AUGAGUGAGCUCACGAAAACCUUGGGCGAUUUUGCUAGAAAUCUGGACAACCUUAAGCCAAACGAUUUUCAUUCGUUGGUUACAACACCCCAUGAUACCAAACUGAAUGCGUCUAAUGCUGGAAUCUUGAAUCUUGGAUCGUCAGGUGUACUCGACUUUCUACUAACCGCACGAUUGCGUUCAAUGUUGUGCCGAGAUAACUUUUCCGUAACGCCUCUACUAAUAGGAGUUACAGCAUUUGGAAUACUAACUAAAGCUAUCGAGCUGUUUAUUGGUCUGUUUGGAAAUGCAUUUUGUAAAUUUGACCAGAUUGAUACAUUACUAAAUGUAACAGAUCCACCAUUUCCACCAACAAUAUAUCCUAAACCAAGAGAAUCGGAUAAUGUCGGAUAUAUGUGUGUAGAUAUAACUGUGCGUUCAUUUGCAUAA